GGAUAAGAUCGAAUAGAAGACAGUUUCUGAAAAGAAAUUCUGAGAAUAUUUUGUAGAAAAUCGGCAUAGAUGGCUCACGUGGGACAAAACGCGCGCUUCUUAAAAACGAAGAUCCCGACUAAGGAAACUGUGCCAUCGAGUGAAAAGGAAAAUGUGGCAACCGGUAAAAAGAAACCAUCGAUCUCGCGCGAUACGCGCCACGCUUUAGGCUCGAACGAAGAACGAAGAAAGGGAACACCUUUGAGAAACGAAGAUAGCCGAGUGAGCCGCGAGCUUGAACGAAGCGUACGAGCGAAAAAGACACCGUUUCAUAUACAUUUCGAUGAGAAAAAUAUCGCUUCGAAGUCGAGCGUUGCUUCGAAGUCGAAUGUCGCUUCGAAGUCGAGCGUCGCUUCGAAGUCGAGUGUCGCUUCGAGGUCGAGUGUCGCUUCGAGGUCGAGUUGCCCUCCGAGGGUAAAUUCCAAUUCGAAACGAGUAUUGUGUCACUUGAAAAUCGAGUCGAAAGUCACGUCAUCCUACGGAAGAAAUGAUCCUAAACAGGUAAACGAGACAACGAGCCUCCCUGUUCGUCGAAUUAAAUCAAAAAAGAUUGAAAUGUCGAACGAAUUGUUUGGAAAAGGACACUCGGUAGAGGAGCUACGAAUAGAACAGCUUCCGCCAUCUAAGAUACCCCGUCGCAGAUCUCGUUCCGUUCAGCCGGUGCGAACCGUCACACAUAAUACGUCGCAACGUUCAUCUUCGACAGAUUGGCGCGGCAAAAGUUUUGGAUUCGGGUCGGUUAAUAAAUACGCGAUUCUAAAUAAAUCAGUAUCGAGGCCAAUAGAAAAAAUAACUGUAACUCUAGGAUCGACAAACAAGGUCAACGACAAAAGAAAACAAAUUUUGACCAACUCACCGAAGAUCGCUCGAGAAAAGGAAACGUUGCUGACUAUAAAAACAGCGACGCCUGCCGACGUAUCAUUCCUACCGCCACCGCCAAAGACUCCUAUCAAGGUGGUGAUUCAACGGACCAAGUAUAACAGAAGCGCAGUUAAGGGCGAGCUACUGGAAUAUCGAAAAGAUUUCAAAGAAGAAAUCGAUCUUUCCCCCCCCGAAUUACUGUAUCAUGGAGAAUAUCACGAUGAAUUGCCGAUGAUCGAGCGUGAAAGGGAGCGAAAAGCACCGCAAUUGUCGAAUAGUUUCUUAACGAGGCACAUCAACGCGGAGCAGAGGAGGCUGGUCGUCAUUUUUAUAAUACGUCUUGGAAUACACUGCCGAUAUCCGUCGCGCAUCGUGUAUCAAUCAGUGAAGCUGUUCGACGCCGUUAUGGACAAGCUUUCCGUGGAUACGACGAUGAUCCAAUUGUACGCGUUGGCCAGUUUGUGGAUCGUGCUCAAGAGACAAGAGAAAUUUCAUAAGAUUCCGUCGGUAAGCGACUGGGACUAUUCCUCGCAAACAUUUUCUUUAUUUUACGCUUUGGUUGUUUAUACGCAGGCUGCGAAGAUGGUGUCCCUCGCCAAUGAUCUUUACAUAGGAAGAGAGGACUUGUUGGUCGAUUGCGAGAGGAAGAUUUUGAAAAUACUUAAUUUUAACAUCACGUUCGCCGAUACGUUUAGCCUUUUUACGCAUCAUUUCAUCAGCUGCGAGCAUUACAUCAACAUAUCCGAGGAAACUGGAACCUUUCUAUACAAUUGCGGCUGCUACAUGAUCGACAUCACGCUUCUGGACGAGCGAUUUUGUAGAAUAUCCGCAAGAUUGAUCAGCAUAACAGUAUUAGAGUUGCUGCUCGGUAUCGGUUUGGACGUCGCAAGGGACAAUACUACACCCCGAUGGUUGUUCUGGAGAGGUUUACUAUCCGCCGUUCUUAGUUCGCCCCAGAGGUUAGAAGACAAGGCGAUCGAUUCACUUCGUGUUAUAAUAUUGCGGCGCGUGUUAGAUUCGGAAAUGCAGCAGGACAGUUUCAAUGUGGUAUACAAAAAAUACAGUCGCAGCAGAUACGGUCGGAUAUCAAAACCUUUCCUGCAGCAGGUUACCAGGAUACCUGCCACAGAAACUAUUUUCGAUCCGUAGAAUUGAUUUUUAUUGGUAAGACUGAUCUUUAUUUAUUUUUAAUUACCAUUUUGAUUAUUCUUUUUAAUCAUUUUGAUUAUAUUUCGAAUUUAAUUGUAUAUUUAUUUACUUUAUUUUACUCUUGUUAUUAUUUGUUAUAUGUGGUUCUCGCCUAUUGGCGUAGGAUUAACUUCCGGCUUUACAUUGUUCUCGAUUCUGAUGAUUUUGUGUCAUGAUUUCGUUUCAUAUUUGUAACUUUCUGGUACAAAGAGAAGAAAUGCAGAUUGUUGUUAAAACGAAUAAAAUCAAUUAUUUGCUAUGCUA